CUUUUUCUCCCUGAAUAAAUGAGAAAUCCCCUUCCGUAGAUAAUCUCUGCCAUGAUCACAAAACACCCACUUGUGAUCCUUUUAGUUUUAGGUGUUGUAUCAAUCUUCCUUCCCAUAAUCACAGCCCAAGUGAACUACCGCGAGUGCCACCAAACAUGCGGCUCAGCCAAACCUUUCCCUUAUCCUUUUGGGUUUUCCUCCGGCUGCACAAUCCGCCUCAACUGCACCCCCGACGGCGGAAUCUACAUCGGUGAAUUCCCAGUCCUAUCAGUAAACGCAGACGGCAUAAUCGUGGGCAUCAAAGCCCUUUGCAAUCGCCCAUUUGAUCGAUUCCAUCAACUCUUCAGCCACAAAUACGCACCCACUUCAGCAAACGUGAUCCUAUUAAAGAACUGCACCGAAACGCUCUUGCCCUGCACGCUACCAGGGACCCUGGUGCAGACUCACUUUGAGUCUGAAGGUUGCAGCAGCAAUUUUAGUUGCUACUUUGAGAACAACACGAGGGGCUUCGUGAGUGAACAAAAUUUAGAGCAAAUCGGGUGCGAGUACUUUAUGUCGUCUAUAUCAUCAGAUGAUUUAAGGUACAAUUCGGGUGCGGCUGUGUCCUUGGAAGUAGCCACAAUAGAGCUUGGAUGGUGGCUUCAGGGAGAUCAAUGUCAAUGUUCUGAUCAUGCCAAUUGUUCCAUAAUUGAAUCGCCGCUUGAUAGAAAACCCGGGUUCCGGUGUCGCUGCAAGGAAGGGUUCGUCGGCGAUGGGUUUUUGGCCGGAACAGGCUGCCACAAAGCCUCAUCAGCAUGCAACGCAGCGAAGUACCUGUCUGGCCAAUGUGGAGGAACAGCGAAAUUUGUUGUCUUAAUUGGAGGAUUUGUUUUCGGUGUUUCACUGAUGAUUACUCUGGGUUCAUUAUGUUGUUUCUUUCGCCGGCGCUCCAAAUUGAGAGUGACAAAGAGCACAAAAAGGCGCUUAACUGAAGCCACUGGCAAUUACAGCGUUCCUAUCUAUCCCUACAAAGACAUUGAGAGAGCCACGAAUAGCUUCUCAGAGAAACAACGGCUCGGAACUGGGGCAUAUGGGACAGUUUAUGCUGGAAAACUUUACAAUGAUGAAUGGGUUGCCAUCAAAAGGAUAAAACACAGAGACACCGACAGUAUUGAGCAAGUAAUGAAUGAGAUCAAGCUCCUUUCCUCGGUGAGCCACACCAAUUUAGUUCGGUUGUUGGGUUGUACCAUUGAAUAUGGAGAACAAAUCCUUGUCUACGAGUUCAUGCCCAACGGAACACUAUGUCAGCAUUUGCAAAGGGAGAGAGGGAAUGGACUUCCAUGGCAAGUUCGACUCACAAUUGCCUUUGAAACAGCACAAGCCAUAGCACAUCUUCAUUCAGCCAUUAAUCCCCCCAUUUACCAUAGAGAUAUCAAGUCAAGCAACAUACUUUUGGACUACAAUUUUGGAUCCAAAGUAGCAGAUUUUGGUCUUUCUAGACUUGGGAUGACUGAAAUAUCCCACAUUUCAACUGCCCCACAAGGAACCCCUGGCUACGUUGACCCACAGUACCAUCAAGACUUUCACCUUUCUGAUAAAAGUGAUGUAUAUAGCUUCGGUGUUGUUCUUGUUGAGAUCAUAACAGGACUGAAAGUGGUGGACUUCUCUCGUCCUCAUAAUGAAGUAAAUCUGGCUUCUCUUGCCGCAGAUAGGAUUGGGAAAGGGCUUUUGGAUGAGAUUAUAGACCCAUUCCUUGAGCAAGAAACAAGUAAUGAUGCUUGGACCCUUUCCUCCAUACACAAGAUGGCUGAGUUGGCAUUCAGAUGCCUUGCAUUCCACAGGGAUAUGAGGCCUUCGAUGACAGAAGUAGCAACAGAGCUAGAGCAGCUUAGGCAUAGUAAGUGGACAACUUUAGGAUACAACAAUUGCACAACUUCGACGGAGUUGUCCUGUUGCUCUUCUUCCUCCAAUGAUAGUGAGAAACCACUAAGCACCAUAGUGAAUGUGGUUGGGCCAAAGGGUAAAGAAGAACAUCUAAGCCUGCAAACAGGGCCCGUGAGCUUAAAUUCAACUCAAAGGCCCAAAAGCAGGUCACCAGUCUCGGUGCAAGACCCAGACAUGUGGUUGAGUGAACAGAGCUCUCCUUCGUCAAAUAGUUUUCCGAGUAAGUCCUAUGAUUGAGCUAAGACAGCUCUCUGUUUCAUCAAAUAGUCUGCUUGUAAAUCCUUUGAAUGAUCUCGAAGGAGGCAAACAAACAAGCCCUUUUAUGUCUCAUUGCUAAGGUAGAAGGGACAUGACAAGCCGUUUGCACUGGGAUAGGUCUCUAUUAGGGGGGAAAUUAACCAAAUCAGGAUUCAUGAUUGAUCCAAGUCUCGCUUGAUUAACCAUCAAUCAUUCUUUGAAUAUGGAUUAAUCAUCAUUCCUUACUUAGAUCUUCCUAAAUUGAAAUAUAUGGAUUAAU